ACUGUCAGGCAGUCUGUCAUCGUACUUCGGGAGGCGAAACUUCAGAAUUUUUCAUUCAUUGCGGUCGCGAACUUUUGCGAACGAAAUCUCUCCAAAGAAUGGCGGCCCGUUUGAUUAACAAAAUUUUCGGUGUCGAUAUUGAAAAUUUACUAAAGAAUUUGUCACAAAAAGUGAAGGGCAACUCGGUCAAAAUUUACAUAACCUCGUCUCCCGAAUCCAAGCAUAAUAAAACCGAGCCAAUUGUCCAAGCCUCCAGUCCCUUUGGGGCACGUGGAUACGCGUCCGGCACCAGGAAGGUAACGCUUAUCCCGGGAGAUGGAAUUGGACCGGAGAUUUCCGCCGCUGUGCAGAAGAUUUUCGCAGCUACCAACGUGCCCAUCGAAUGGGAAGCCGUCGAUGUCACACCAGUCAGGAAUCCGGACGGCAAAUUUGGAAUUCCACAAAGUGCCAUCGACUCGGUCAACCGCAACAAGGUUGGUCUGAAGGGCCCGCUGAUGACUCCGAUCGGCAAGGGUCAUCGCUCCCUGAACUUGGCCCUCCGCAAAGAGUUCAACCUGUACGCCAAUGUGCGUCCUUGCAGAAGUCUGGAGGGUUACAAGACCUUGUACGAUAACGUCGAUGUCGUGACGAUUCGCGAGAACACUGAGGGUGAGUACUCUGGUAUCGAGCACGAGAUCGUCGACGGCGUCGUGCAGAGUAUCAAGCUGAUCACGGAGGAAGCCUCCAACCGAGUGGCCGAGUACGCGUUCAAGUAUGCCAAGGACAACAAUCGCAAGAAGGUCACCGUUGUGCACAAAGCCAACAUUAUGCGUAUGUCCGACGGCUUGUUUCUGCGGUGCUGCCGUGACAUGGCCAAGAAGUAUCCGGAGAUCAAGUUUGAGGAGAAGUACCUGGACACCGUGUGCUUGAACAUGGUGCAAGAUCCUAGCAAAUUUGAUGUUCUUGUCAUGCCAAACUUGUACGGUGACAUCAUGAGCGACAUGUGCGCUGGUCUGGUGGGAGGGCUGGGUCUGACCCCGUCCGGUAACAUGGGCCUCAAUGGUGCCCUGUUUGAGUCGGUGCACGGUACCGCCCCGGAUAUUGCCGGAAAGGAUCUGGCUAACCCAACUGCCCUGCUGCUGUCUGCCGUGAUGAUGCUGAGGCACAUGGAGCUGAACCAGCACGCGGAGAAGAUCCAGGCAGCUUGCUUCGAAACCAUUAAGGACGCUAAAUAUCUGACCGGCGAUCUGGGUGGCAAGGCCAAGUGCUCGGAGUACACCAACGCCAUCUGCGAGAGAAUAAAGUAAACACUGUCGCUCUUCCACCAAAAACAACUCGCUAGCCCCAGGCAAGAAUACAAUUCGGAUAGUUUCAAUUUACCUUUACAAGCGCGCACCGGUCAAAUUAGGUUGAAAAAAGUAACUUAUACCUCUAAAUGAUAUUCUUAUUGCCUACAUUUAAUUGAGAGUCGCCUGUCCCGUGUCAGAAUGCAGAGCACUCCUCCCUUGAAGAUACGGCGCAACAGUAAAUCUAGUUUCGAGCAGCCAGUAUUAUAAUUCUGAAUAAAACAGUCCACCGUUCAAUGAGUCA